AUGUUCCAGGUACAACCAGGAGAACUCUGUUCGUGCAGGAAGAAUGUCGAUGGCAGAAUUUGUGAUCAGUGUAAACCGACCUUCUGGGAUCUGCAAUACCAUCACCCUGAUGGAUGCAUUGAUAUCAUGCAGUCGGAGAAAGUCGUCUUUGCGCCCACGUCCUCCCCAGCAGUCAAAGAAGUGACCGUGGCCGGAAAGCCGUUUGUUUUGAAUCCUGGAAAGUGGACGCUUGGUGUCAACACGAAACAACGUCUAUUCUUGGAUUAUAUCGUGGUACUACCAGCCGAAUACUACCUUGGCACGAUACUGAAAGAACGUGCGGCGCCACCAUGUGAAGCAAAUAAUGCUCACAAUUCGACAUGUGUAGAUCUAUUGUAUCCACCAAUGGCUAUUGCCGCCAGGGCCGACAUCACUGAGGCUACCGACACGUUCAAAGGAAGUGCAGAUCGACGGCACCACAGUAGAUCUGAAGAGGGUGAGAACUAG